AUGCUAUGGAGCCGACUCGCACAGCCUGCCAGGUCCUAUGUCCGACAGGGUCUGCCAAGGCCUCUCAGGAUUAAUAGCCGCGUUGUGAUGCACACACCCAAGCGGUUCAACUCAAACCCCCAGAACACUGGUCAAAUGACCCCUGACCCCACCGAUCAGAAUGAUUCAGAUGAGAGCAAGCACGGAGGCCGUAACGGCGAUUCAGAACCCAACUUGAGAUCCACGAUUCUCAAGAUGCUUGAAACUGCGGCAACCACGGCGGCAUCAAUUGCUAUUCUAGGCGCGGCAGGAUACUCGUAUCACCAGUAUUACAAGUACUUGAUCUUGGACAAGAUGGACAACGCGUUCAACCCAGGUGAUCCUGCCCUCGAGGUCGCGGGUGUUGUUUCUGGAAAGCACAAGUACCGCCAUGAGGAACAUUGGGUCGUUCGCAACGAGCAACCCAAAAUUGACGAUAUUGUAGCUGGGAAACAAAGUGGCCACUACUAUCUAAUAAUCGGCGAAAAGGGCACGGGGAAGACAUCGAUGCUUUUGGAGGCCAUGCGCAAGAUUAAUGGCGAAAGCUGUGCCUUGUUCGAAGCGCAUGCUGACCUCGAAAUCUUCCGAAUCCGACUGGGCAAAGCUCUGGACUUCGAGUUCCACGAAGACUAUGUCGGGAGCCUUUUCAGCAUUCGUGGACCAAGAGACACCACAGCUCUCUUGGACAUUGAGCGCGCCUUCAACAAGCUAGAGAAAGUGGCUCUCAACAGAAGGAAGAUUGGAUCGACUCCGCUUAUACUGAUUAUCAACAGUACCCAUUUAGUUCGAGAUGACCACGACGGACAGGAUUUACUGGAGAUGAUCCAGCAGCGUGCCGAGCAAUGGGCUGCUAGUGGUCUCGUCACAACAAUUCUUAACAGCGAUGAUUAUUGGGUAUACGAGCGCUUGAAGCGUUAUGCAACCCGCAUGGAAGUCAUUACCGUGACAGAUCUGCCCAAGGACAAGGCGAUGAGUGCUUUGAAGAGAUAUCGCCAGCGAUUCCACAACGAGACACUUCCAUCUGCGGUCCUCGAGCAAGUCUAUAACAAAGUUGGCGGUCGACUAUCCUUCUUGAAUCGCGUGGCCAAGUCUCAGGAUGUCACCAAGACCUGUGAUGAGAUCUGUCAAGCCGAGAAGACAUGGUUCCUAAACAAGUGCUGGAUCCUCGGAAUGGAGAUGGAUGAUGAUGUGAUGGACCAGCAGAAGUACGCGUCUGCCGCUAUGGUUCUGGCGAAAGCGCUGGUAGACAAAGAGAAGGAGAUGGAGUCAAACUACCACCAUGAACAAGGCCAUAUCCUGCCGGAAAUUCCGCUUCAUGAAGCGCGCGAGAUUAUGACCCGUGCCGACUUUAUUCAAUCUUAUGAUCAUGACAAUAUCUUCACCAUUGAUUCGCGAGCCAUGGUGCGUGCUGAUUCAGUACCCAUGCAGCGUGCCUUCCAGGAAAUCUGCGCUAUAGAGAACUUCGACAACCACUUGGAGGGCACCUUGGAGCGCAUUGGAGACAUUGAGAGUCUUGGCCGUACUCGCGAAUUGACAAUCAAAGAUCUCUGGAAUAAUGGCAAGUAUCGCGUCGUUGUACGGGACAACCACGGACGAGAGAGUGGGACGGUUGAGUUGGCUGUGGCAGAACGCGAAGGUGAAGAUCAAGAUUAG